UUUCUGUAUUUUAGAUUAAGAUGGCAAAGAAACAUACACAAAGACUUUUUAAAAGAAAGAGAACAAUUGGACAGAAGAUUCUUGGGUUUGUAAGAGGAUUUGACUUUUAUGGCAAAAACAUUGUCCUUACUUACAAAGGAGAUGAUAAGUAUAGAACUCACAUUGGAGGAAUAGCAUCAGUUGUGGUCGGAGGCAUUGUGCUAGCAUAUAUAUUAUUACUCGUUAAAGUAAUGAUUGAGAAGGGAAAUACUUCAUACGUCAAAUCAUCUCUACUUAAUGACAUCUUAUAACUAAUUCAGAAGUUCAUUAUCCAGCUCAAAAUGACUAUGAACCAGAUACUGGAAGGUCCCAAUUUGAUUUCGCCUUUCAGUUCACAUCUGAUGGUGUAGAUUAUCUCAACGAUCCUACAGCAUUCACCUUUGAAAUGAACUUGGUUGAGCAAGAAUGGGUAACUGAAAGCGGCAUUCCUAAGACCAAACGGAAUUACACUUCAAUCGAUGUCGAAAAAUGAGGGGACACAAAUCUCAACUACGAUGAUUUGACUGAGAUAAAGCGACUUGGCAUUGACAACUAUUACUGACCUAUUCAGAGCAACUUCUCAGUUGCUGGGAGCUUCUUCUCCCCUAAAUACCACUAUAUAGAGAUGAAACUGAGGCGCUGAGUUAGCGGAGGCAGCGUCACUUGAAAAAGUACAACAGAUCUAGAAUCAUUGAUUAAAGAUUCUAGGUUCUCUUUAGCCAUAGUAAACACAGUUGUAGACCUCAAAAAUUACAAAGAGCCUCUUCAAUAUAUCAUCGAUGACGGGUUUUAUUGGGAGUUGACCCCUAACAUUAGGAAGAAGACCGACAUUUUUAUCAGGAAAAAUGAAGCAACUUUUCAGGACGAUUACAUUCAGCUAGGAUUCCCAGAUGAGAGAGAAUUUUAUCAAGUGGCGACUUCCCAAGAUAGGUUUGAAGCAGAAUCCUCUAAAGGAGAUGUGCUUUCAAUCUACUGGAGAUUCGACAAAACCAGUGAUGUGUAUGAAAGGAGAAUAUACUCGAUUGGAGACCUUCUAGGUCAGGCUGGUGGAUUUUAUGGAUCUUUCAUUGGAAUCGGCUCAAUAUUCUUAUUCAUAUUUUCAGAAAGACUAUUUGUAGCCUCCAUCCUGAGAAAGAUAUACCAAAUCGACACUUGGCAAGAAAGAGAGAGGUUGGAUCCAACUUUGCGAAAGAACCAUAAGAAUUAUCAUAAAAACAGGCAAGCUAUCUACCACACUGAUGGUCGAAAGAAAAAGGAGCCUUACACUGAGAGUGAAAAAUUUCACGUAGAGACUCUCAGAGAUAUUAAGAAUUUUAAUGAUCUCAAGGAAGACCAAAGAUCUAAGAGUAAUAAGACAGAUAUCUUAGACAAAUGAGAGGAAAGUAUGAGAGAACGAAGAGUUCUUAGAUACGGGUACUCUGACAUCCUUCAUUAUAUUUUUUGAUGAGUGAUUUGUAGGAGAAAGAAAUCCAUGCGAUUGCUGCCAAGAUUCAGAGAGCACCUUUACUAUGAAAUUGGUCAAGAGAAAUUAUUAGAAGAGUUAGAUUGAGUGACGAUAAUUAAAUCAGUUAGGCAACUGAAACUUCUAACACUAGUAUUGCUUACUAAAAGCCAAAAGUUUAUGAUGAAGUUCCAAAGAAACAACGUAAUAGAUUCUUCAUCAUCAGGAACCUCCGACGAAGGUCAGAUGAAUAUAAUUAGCUUAAUGGAAAAAUCUCAAAAUAUUCAGCACUCAAAAUUGGUGGAUAAAAAAAUAAACAAAGCUAUUACUAGAUUUAAAAAUAAAUAAACUCCAAGAAGUUGACCAAAGAAUAGUUAGUGGUAUUGUUAAAAAGAGAUUCUCCGAUUCAGACAUUGAUGACGGAGAAUCAGACUCCUUGUGUAAUAUUGGCUCUGAUAUGCUUUCUGAAGAAUCCAAAGAAGUUAGCUCAGAUCCUAAGAGGCUAAAUACUGGAGUUCCUUUGAUAGGGAAGAACGACUCCAUCGACCAAAACUCUAUCCACAUGCCUCAGCUCAUUGAUGGAGAGGUAGGAAUUACGAAAAAGUUGCGUCAAAUGUCUGCUUUACAAUCAAAUAAUAUAUCUGCACCAUUUUCACUGUUUCCUCAUGACCAAGAAAUUCAAGCCAACAGAAAGAAGAAAAAGUACAAAAAUUCAUCAACUAAUUCAUAA